CCCAGAAACAGUUAGAAGGCACACUUCCCAAGAUUGCACUAGUAUGGACAAGUCAUUUUGGAACAGCUCUCUUUUAUUCAUUACAGCAACAAGCAGGGGAAUUCAAGUCGCACAAGGAGCAGACCUUGUCAGCCAGCCCACAGUGACCAUCGGCUACACGAAAUUGGAAAUCUCUCCUGGGGAGGCUUUGAAAAGAACUACAAUCCUUUUGUGAGCAGUAAGAGAACCAGACCUAGCAAAUCUCUAAGAAGGGGACACAAAGCCCACUGAAUAGCCAGAGAUAAACAUUUCAUUCUGUGUACACUGAAUACAGACAGCCUCAUCAGUGGGAACAGCAAAAGGAGAGCUACGGGAAAUGGGGUGCCCUGCCUAACAUGCAGAGAAGAGGUGUUCACCUCCUGCUGACCCCCAAUGUAAGCCUUUCAAAAGGGUGCAAAGCCUGAGGAUGGCCAAAGGAGGACUCUGGAACAGAUAAGAGAGGCAAAGUAAACACUGAUCAUCCCUUAGACUUGGGCUGCACAGAGGCAAAAUUAUUUGUUUUUUUAAAGCAAAGUAUGGAUAAAUACCCCUAAGUGUAUUCAGUAUAGGCAUCCUGAAGAAGAUCCAUGCCCUAAUAUCUCACUGUUGGACAAGUGCCCAUGAUUCACAAGGAUGAGGAAGCUACGAAGGUUUGUGCACUUGGUGCUAUUCUGCCCUCUCUCCAAGGGGCUCCAGUCUCGCCUCCCUGGCAUCAAGGUAAAAUACCUUUUCCUGGCAUGGUUGGGCAUUUUUGUGGGCAGUUGGGUGGUCUACAUGCACUAUUCUUCAUACUCGGAGCUCUGCAGAGGACAUGUGUGCCGGAUGAUCAUAUGUGACCAAUACAAGAAAGGAAUCAUCUCCGGCUCCUCCUGCAAGGAUCUGUGUGAUGACCACACACUGGUGUUUCAUCAAUGCCUGUCCUCCUCGCCCACCCACCAGGUCUACCGGGGCCUGUGGAGGGACCGAGAGGUCAUCAUUAAGUGUGGAGUUGAGGAGAAUUUAAAAGCAGAGAGCAAUCCAGAUGCAUCUCCCCGCAGGGAGCUGGUCCUGUUUGAUAAACCCACCAGAGGAACCUCCAUGGAUGAAUUCAAGGAGAUGCUGCUCAACUUCUUAAAAGCAAAGCUGGGAGAUCAAACAUCCUUGAUGGUUUUGGUCAGACGGAUAUUAGCCAUGGCGGACGUCAAUGGGGAUGGGAAAGUUUCUCUGGCAGAAGCCAAAUCCAUCUGGGCACUGCUGCAGCUAAAUGAGUUUCUUCUUAUGUUAUCGCUACAUGAGAGAGAGCAUACGUCGCAGCUGCUGGGGUACUGCGGAGACCUCUAUGUCACUGAGAAGAUCCCACAUGAUUCCCUGUACGACAAUCAGAUCCCCACCUUCCUGCAGACCCUCUUGCCCUCCCCUGUCCACACCUUGAUCCACCAAUGGUUUGCUCCUGCCUGGCCAAGGAGGGCCAAGAUCGCCAUUGGCAUGCUGGAAUUUGUGGAGGAGAUUUUUCAUGGGACUUACGGCAGCUUCUUCGUCUGCGAAGCAGGCUUCAAAAACAUUGGCUACAACGAUAAGUAUGACUUCAAGGUGGUGGACCUGCGUAAGGUGGCCACCGAGAUGACAAUCAAAGACUUCCUCAAAGGCCGGCACUGUGAGCAGAACUCGGACUGCACAUAUGGGAGCGACUGCACGGCAGCCUGUGACAAGCUUAUGAAGCAGUGUAAAAAUGAGGUGAUCCAGCCAAACCUGGUCAAAGCCUGCAAACUGAUGCAGGACUACCUGCUCUACGGUUCCCCAUCAGACCUGAAAGAGGAGCUGCAGAAGCAGUUGAGGACUUGUAUGACUCUCAGCGGCCUAGCCAGCCAGAUGGAAGUCCACCAUUCCCUCAUACUCAACAACCUGAAGACACUGCUCUGGAAAAAGAUCUCGAACACCAAAUAUUCAUAGCGGGGGAAAAGAGGACUUUGAUUUUUCUUCUUCAUUUUUAAUUCCCCAGAUUUGCAUCUCACUGGCGCAGCUUCCGUCAUGCAGCUAACAGUGGGGACCUGCUGUGAUCAAGUGUAAAAGGUCUGAACCACCAAUCAUUUUCGUCAGGCUCUUACACAUCUCUGGGGAGCCUGUGACUGCUGAAUGUCACUGCUGAAUCCAACAAACUAUUAACAUGUAAAUAAAAGGCUUUUAUGUGACGCAA